ACAAAGAUCUACACAUAAGACGGACAAUCACAUAUUUUUAAACUUAUUUCAUAAAAGUUUUUAGAGGAAGGACUUGACCUGCAACCAUGGCCUGUCAUUGCUGGUAUCUGGUGCAGAUCCUCACAAAAUGCUGCUUCUGCUACAAGCUCCGCUUGGGAGUCCUGAUGUUCGGCUGCAUAUUCUUCAUGUGGUUCAUCUACUUGACCCUCGGCACCGCCUUCAUGAUGGAGUCCAUCUUCCCAAAUGAAUACCAGACGGGCGAUGGACCCUGGUGUCCGUCGGCCCUCAAGACCACGAUGGUGUUUUCCUUUUUCGGUAUCUUUGCCUCCGGAUUGUUGUGCAUUGGAGUGCACAAUAACAAUGAGAUGCUCUUUCUACCGUUUCUGGUAUUCGCACCCGUUUGGAUUCUUGUCCACAUCCUGUCCCUGGUCCUCUAUAGCUUCAAGCUGGUCGUCAUUGCCCUCAUAAUCCUGACAAUGGUUAUUCUCAUUUAUGCCUGGAUUGUGGUCUGGUCCUACUACGUGGAGCUGCUCUUCGCUUACGACGAUGAACUGGAGACCAACUACGUCUAAGAUCUGAUCUUCUAUGGAGCACUUGGCUAACGUUCCAUUAAAUGAUUCUCGAGCUAUAUACACUGAGAACAAAUUACAGUUGCCAAAAUUCUGAAAUCUCUAAAUUGUUUGCUCCAUUCAUGUUUUUAAAAGAUUAUUUCUAAUUGAAAUAUAUAAACAAAUGGUA